AUGUCGAGUCACGCCAGUCGGAGGCGUGUCGCAAUUGCUUGUAAUUCCUGUCGUAUCAAGAGAACACGGUGUGACGGUCAGUUCCCCACAUGUUCAAGAUGUUUCGAAACUGUCAGUGAGUGCACGUACGACCAUCGAUCAGACCGGCGCAAACCGCCGAGUAAGAGGUAUGUUGAGGCAUUACUUUCCCGCAUUGGGGUCCUGGAACGCAGGCUAUAUCAGCUGCAAUCCUCAGAUGCUCGACACAUUCAGGCGGUUCCAGUCCCACAAAGUAAUAUUGUGACCGGCGGAGAAGUCACGCAGCCAGCAUUGGUAACGUCCUCGGAAACAAGUGAUCUCAUCCGUGAUUUGACUCAGCUAUACGGUCAUCUUGACAUUGCUGAGGAUGGGCAUCUUCGCUAUUUCGGGGCACCUAGUUAUUUCAACCUCCUCCGCCGCUCCCAGUAUCACCCGAGGAUGACCGACAGUGCGAGUGAUUCUUCCGAUUCGAAGGAUGAGUACCACGAGAUCUCCUCUGGUCUAACGGCGGACGUGCAAAGUGAAUUGCUAGCUCAUUUCUGGACCUGGCAGAAUUCCUGGCAGUAUUUGGUGCACAAACGAAAGUUUUGCGAUGCUAUUGCAAAUGGUGUUUAUGAUACCUACUGCACUCCUCUGCUACUACAAUGUGUCUUGGCCCUCGCCGCUCGAUACUCGGAUCGAGUAGAAGUUCGAGAUUCGCCGGAUAUGCCAGAGACGGCUGGUAAUGCGUUGGCGGAACAGGCGAAGGCCAUCCUACAUUUUGAAAUGGAAAGCCCGACCACCUCGACCGUAGCCUCGCUUGCAAUUCUUGCUCUGAGGGAAAUGUCUGUCAAUAAGGAAGCUCUGGGGUGGACAUAUGUGGGGAUGGCGAUUCGGAUUGCUUAUAAUCUCGGCUUGAAUCACGACUGUGCCGCCUGGGUCGAACAAGGGAAGAUCACUGAAGACGAGGCAGAGAUCAGGAAGAUCACCUGGUGGGGAUGCUUUUUGCUAGACAAGCUUUUUGUCGUAGCACUCGGUCGUACAGGGAUGAUUUCACAACGAGACAUAUCUGUGUCAAAACCAUCACUACUCCCGGAGAUGGAAUAUCACUCUUGGAUGAGCGACGGGCCCAUUACAGGCAUUUCCAUCCCCGUGUCCCACUCUGUUUCGAACAUGAAUAACACUUGCGAAAUAUUCGAGAUUGCGUGCCCUGCGCUAGAAGAGAUGUAUGCCCCCAACAGUCGUCUGAGCUUAUCUGAAAAGGAAGCUAUGGCAACGAAAACGUAUGUGGAGAUCAGUCAUUUUUAUGACCACCUUCCCGGAAUCCUGAAACUUCCAGCAUCGGCUAAAACUGCCCGGCCGGCACAUGUUUAUUCACUUCAUCUGCAAUAUUACGUUAUCGUGAUUCUGCUUCAUCGCCCAUUUCUUCGAGAUAACGACCGAGACUCACUAGAGGGUUACAAUAAGCUUUGCUGGGAUGCCGCCGGGCAGGUCACAGCCAUCAUGAGAGCUUACCGCGCACACUACUCACUUAGACGAAUUCCAAUCUCUACAAUCCAUGUAGUUGGAACGGCGUCCAUCAUCCACUUGCUCGUGGCCACGUCACAGAAAGGCACUAUUGCUCAAACAGCGGCAAGAUUGCUCAAAUUCAACAUCGCAUGUCUGCAUGAAAUGUCUCAAGCUUGGACCUGGAGUUUAAGAGCCAUCAGAUCCCUCCAAAUUCUAGCGGAAGAUUGGUUGGAGCUGGCUAAGCCACAGACACGUCAUUCCACUUGUGCAGAACUUCCCGCUUCUCCCAGUCAGCAAAAUCCGGAGGAUUUUGAAAGUGAAGUAUUGGAGUGGCUAACGGAUAUUGAAAAUAUCUCGCGCCAUCCGACUAGGUCGUUGGUGCUUGACCAUUAUUCAUGGCCUAUGGGAUUCUUCCGAUUUGAUCCAUCAUCCAAAGGCUGA